AUGUCGAGUCCGCAAAUGUUAAUCCGCAUCUGUCGGUCCGCAAAUGUCCGUCCGCAUAUGUUAAUCCGCAAAUGUCGGGUCAGCAAAUGUCGAUCCGCAUAUGUCGGUCCGCAACUGUCGAUCCGCAAAUGUCGUUCCGCAAGUGUCGGUACACCCUUGGGCUUUACCCUUAAUGUCGACAUUGCUAGUUUAUUGCCAAUUGAUCAUUUUUGUUUAAUCAUACUUUGGAGGUCAUUUCCUAUUUUUCGAUUGAAUCGUCUGCUCAAAAAUGAAAGAAUUCAACGUUUUAUGGAGCAAACGGAAACUCGAACUUCAAUGCCCAAUGCUUUUAGAGUUGGAGUUGUUGUUUGGUAUAUUGCUGUUAUUAUACAUUGGAAUGCUUGUUUUUAUUUUCUUAUAUCUGAAAGUAUUGGUUUGGGAACAGAUCCAUGGGUAUAUGGUGCUCAAAAUAAACAAAGUCUGCCUGAUGGAAUUAAUGAUACUUUAACUAGAAGAUAUAUUUACAGUUUUUAUUGGUCAACAUUAAUUUUAACAACAAUUGGUGAAGUGCCUGGACCCCAACAAAAUGUAGAGUAUGCAUUUGUAACUGUCGAUUUAAUGUGUGGAGUACUUAUAUUUGCUACAAUUGUUGGAAAUGUAGGAAGUAUGAUCUCAAACAUAAGUGCCGGACGAACAGAUUUUCAAAAUAGAAUUGAUUCUAUCAAGCAAUAUAUGGAUCUACGAGGAGUUGGAAAACAGUUGGAAAAUCGUGUCAUUAAAUGGUUUGAUUAUUUAUGGGCCAAUAAACAAGGAUUAGCUGAUGCUCAGGUGCUGAAGGUUUUGCCUAAUAAAUUACAAGCUGAAAUUGCAAUGCAUGUCCAUUUUGAGACUCUUCGUAAAGUGCGAAUUUUUCAGGAUUGUGAAGCUGGUUUAUUGGCAGAAUUGGUACUUAAAUUGCAACUACAAGUAUUUAGUCCAAAUGAUUAUGUUUGUCGCAAAGGUGAUAUUGGACGAGAAAUGUAUAUUGUUAAGAGAGGCAUGCUCCAGGUUGUAAGUGAUGAUGGUUCUAAAAUAUUUGCUACAUUAUCUGAAGGUGCUGUCUUUGGCGAAUUUAAAAAUGGAAACAGACGCACAGCAAAUGUUCGAUCAGUUGGAUAUACCGAUUUGUUUGUUUUGAAUAAAGUUGAUCUUUGGAUAGCUUUGAGAGAAUAUCCAGAAGCUAGAAAAAUUCUUAUAAACAAGGGUCGUGAAUUAUUACGGAAAGACAAUCUUUUGGAUGAGAAUGCUCCCGAGGAACAAAAAUCAGCAGAAGAAAUGACUGAAGAAUUGCAAUCUUCUGUUAGAAUUCUUCAAAUUAGAGUUGCAAGACUUCUGGCAGAACACACAAAUACAGAAACAAAACUUAGAGAACGGAUAUCUUAUUUGGAAUCAAAACUUCGGAAAUAUGCUGUCUUGGCUAAAGAAAAGGAAGCUCAACUAGAAGAUGAAAAUUCUAAUCAAUUUGAAGAUGAAGGAAAUUAA